CGAAAAUUCGUGACGAUAGUAACACUUCGUAAACAUUGACAAUUGUCAAUUUGAGGACUCGAAUUGCAGAGUGCACAAUCAAUAUUGGAGGCUAUAAUUAUACAAUUAUUCCCAUGAAUAAUUUUAUUAAACAUUUUCUUAGUUGCACGCCGAUAAAUGCGAUAAAUACACUCAUGUCCAAAGAAAUCGAUAGCUUUGUUGAUUUAGAGAAGCAACGAGAGAUUUUGGAAAGCACAGUAAAUUCUGAUUUAAUUAAAAAAUAUCCUAUAAAGAAAUCAUAUCAGAGAGCAUUUCUGAAAUGGUUUAUGAAUAAGAUUGAAGAAAAGGAUCAGGAAAUCUAUGAUGGCAUUUAUACCGCGUAUUGUAAUUUAGUUUCUCUCACGUUAGACGAAUCUAGUCAUUAUCGGCAUUUUUUAAUGGGGAGUGAUUGUAUUAGUAUAAAAGAAAGUAUAAAUAUUAUAUCUGAUGGCACAACAGGUUUAAUUAGUUGGCAGGGCGCGAUCGAAUUGGCGGAAUGGUGCAAGGAAAAUCGAAUUGCAUUGUCAGGGAAAAUUGUUUUGGAACUCGGCUGCGGGGUUGGUUUAACAGGAUUAUCUGUUAUAAAGAAAUGUUCCCCAAAGAAAUACAUAUUUACGGAUUGCCAUAAAUCUGUACUCGACAUGGUUUCUGAAAAUGUUCAACUGAAUUUACUUCAUGAGAACGUUCGCUUCGAUAGUAGAUUAAGAUUGCAAUUAAAGUACAAUUGUACAGAUGUACAAGUAAUGAACUUGAAAUGGGAGGAUGUUGACGAGUACGUAAAGGAGAAGUGGGACGUACCGGAUGUAAUAAUCGGAGCUGAUAUUUUGUAUGAUACAGAUUCAUUCUACACGCUGAUAUCGGCGUUAAAAACCUUUUUUUCUCUCGACAGUGGAUACGCAAUUAUUGCGGCGACCAUUCGCAAUGUAGAUACUAUUUCACAGUUUCUCCAUCAAUUAGAGGAACGUAAUCUUUGCUUCGAGGAAUGUACAAUACCUAGACAGACGAUACAAACGCAGUUAAUAAAUUCACCUAGUAAAAUAUUUAAAAUAUUUCAAGGAACGUAACAUAUAUUU